AAUGAUGGGAAUGUUGUCAUAUGCCGGGGUUGCUACGAAAUAAAGCAGUACAAAUAUGGAUUUGCAUUGAGUUGUUACCGAUAAAACAUGGAUCCAUCUGGGAGGAGGGAUCAGGGCCAGGGACCUACAUCUCUUCAUCCAGCAACCUUCUUAGAGCGGUCUGGCCCUUCCUCCCGCCAAGCUGUCUCACACAUGGAUGUUCAAGGGUAUAGGCGAGUUGGUUGGAAGACAUGGCUUUGCUACAUUGGGGCAGUGUGUACUUUAGGUCUCCUGCUAUUGUUGUUCAAGUGGCGUCCUCGUUUAGGUGUCCUGGCUCGAUGUACCUCCUGCCCCAUCUCUAUGGCAGACACUCUUUUGCUAAGAGACAGUUAUGGUCAGCAGUAUGUCAUAGAUGUACUUACAGAGGAGAUAGAGGAAGGAAGUAUGGAUCAUGCAGGAGGAGAAGUAGAUGACCAUGAAUGGAGAGACACAGUUCAGCUGCAUGAAGAACAGAAAACCAUACUGCGAUACUACGUGUUUGAGGGCAUGCGUUAUGUUUGGAUAGCCAGAAAGGGUGCUUUCUGCCGAGUCAGUGUCCUCAAUGAAGACUGGACAUGUGCUGAUCUGCAUCGCCUAAAUCAAGGGUUAAGUCCUGCUGAACAAAGCUCCCGGAGGAGGAUCUAUGGAGAAAAUAUCAUAGAUGUACCUGUGAAGUCUUACCUGCAGCUCCUGUUUGAGGAGGUCCUAAACCCAUUCUACCUAUUCCAAAUUCUCAGCAUUAUCCUGUGGAUGUCAGACCACUAUUACUAUUAUGCUGCCUGCAUCUUUUUCAUAUCUGUUAUUUCAAUUGCUGUGUCUCUCUAUGAGAUCCGCAAGCAAAGCACCACUCUUCGUAAAAUGGCCCAACUGAUGGUGAAUGUUACAGUUCGCAGAGAUACUGGAGAGGAGGAGUGUGUGAGUUCAGAGGAACUGGUCCCUGGUGAUUGUAUUGUGAUCCCUACAGAGGGUCAACUUUUACCCUGUGAUGCGGCUCUGCUGACAGGGGAGUGCAUGGUCAAUGAGAGCAUGCUAACGGGUGAGAGUGUGCCUGUGAUGAAGACACCGUUACCGUCCACUGGGGAACAGUACAGUCCUGAAUCCCAGAAACGACACACUUUGUUCUGUGGCACACAGGUCAUUCAGGCUAAAGGCAGUUACCAAGGAGGGAAAGGGGCAGUUGCUGUUGUCACACGUACAGGAUUUUUCACAGCAAAAGGUGACUUGGUAAGCUCGAUCCUUUACCCACAACCUGUUGACUUCCGUUUCUAUCGAGAUGCAAUGAAGUUCCUGCUUUUUUUGGGAGUUCUGGCAUUGGCUGGUACUAUUUACAGCUUGGUAAUUCUUUAUAGGAGCAACACCACCGUGAUGGAACUGAUCAUCCGGUCUUUGGACAUUGUGACUAUUAUAGUGCCUCCUGCUCUUCCUGCAGCCAUCACUACAGGUACCAUCUACGCCCAGCGUCGCCUUAAGAAAGACGGAGUUUUUUGUAUCAGCCCACCCCGCAUCAACGUCUCUGGAAAGGUUUCUCUCUUCUGCUUUGACAAGACCGGCACUCUGACCGAAGAGGGCCUGGAUAUUUGGGGAGUGAUGGAGGUAAAAGGGACUGGUUUCGGUGAGCUUGUUCCUGACCCCCGCCUACUUCCUCCCAGCCCAAUGCUCUGUGCCUUGGCUAGCUGUCAUACUGUGGCCCUUCUAGGAGAUCAGCUCAUUGGAGACCCUCUGGAGCUGAAAAUGAUUGAGUCCACUGGUUGGGAUCUAGAGGAGCCGACAGAUGAGGAUGGACUGAUGACUGAGUUUGGGAACCACAGAGUCCUUGCAGUGAUGAGACCUCCUGAUGCUGAGUCACAGUCUGAGAACACUUCCAUUAAUCAGCCGAUAGCCGUUGUGCGUCGGUUCCCCUUUUCCUCCACUCUACAGAGGAUGAGUGUGGUAACUGUGAGCCCAGGGGGAGGGUCAGCCUUUGCUUUCCUCAAAGGUGCCCCUGAAAUGGUGGCCAGCUUCUGUGUGAGAGAAAGUGUACCCUCUCAGUUUAUCACUGCACUGCGUGGUUUUGCCAGUGAGGGUUUCAGAGUCCUCGCACUUGCCUCCAAACAGCUUGAUGUACAGACUGACUUGAGCACAAUUGAAAGGACAGAGGUUGAGGGGAAACUGCAGUUCCUGGGCCUGUUGGUGAUGAAGAACCAGUUGAAGCCUGAGAGUGCAGGAGUCAUCAGUACUCUGAGACAGGCACAGCUCCGUCCUGUUAUGGUCACUGGUGACAAUAUCCUCACAGCUGUGAAUGUUGCCCGCGGAUGUGGGAUGGUGUCGGCACAUGAGAAAGUGAUUUUUGUCAGCGCAUCGCCCCCUACUGACCACUCACAAGCACUACUACGAUUUCAUCAAGGGGAAGGAGAUUCGGAGCCCAACAGCACUGAAGAGACCAUGGAUAUCCUUGCACAGGGUCUUUACCAGAGUGGGGUCAGUUACCAUUUGGCUGUGAAUGGAAAAUCCUUUGCUGCCCUAUAUGACUACUUUCCUGAUUAUCUACCAAAGAUCCUUAUGAGAGGCACUGUGUAUGCAAGAAUGUCACCAGACCAGAAGACCCAGUUAGUCAAAGCCCUGCAGAAACUGAAUUACCGGGUGGGCAUGUGUGGGGAUGGAGCCAAUGACUGUGGAGCCCUGAGAGCUGCUGAUGUUGGUGUGUCUCUGUCUGAGGCAGAGGCUUCUGUAGCCUCUCCUUUCACCUCCAAAACUGACAACAUCAGCUGUGUCCCCCUGCUUAUCAGGGAGGGAAGAUGUUCCCUUGUGACAUCAUUCAGUCUUUUCAAAUACAUGGCAUUGUACAGUCUAAUUCAGUUCACCUCUGUACUCAUCCUCUACACUGAGAAGACAAACCUGGGUGAUUUGCAGUUCCUCUUUUUUGACUUGGCUCUGGUAACACUACUGGCUAUUGUAAUGGGCAAAGGAGGCCCCAGCAAUGAACUGCCCUCACAGCGCCCCCCUGCCAGCCUGUUGGCACUUCCAGUUCUGGGAAGUCUGCUCUUGCACACCCUCCUCCUAAUCCUUGGUCAGAUAGGAGCCUUACUCAUCACUUUUUCUCAGGACUGGUAUGUCCCUCUUAAUUCAACUGUGUCAGGAGCAGAAAACCUGCCAAACUUUGAGGACACAAGCGUCUUUGCCUUAUCAGGAUUCCAGUACAUUUUCAUGUCCAUAGUUGUGACAAAGGGAUACCCUUAUAAGAAGCCAUUAUACUACAAUGGCCUGUUUCUGGGGAUGCUGCUGAUCUUGUUUGCUGUGAUGGUCUGGCUAGUGGUGUUUCCAGGCACCACCAUCCACAGAAUUCUGCAACUCUGCAACGUCACUGAUAUGAAUUACAAACUGCUGCUGGUGGCCCUGGCAGCUCUCAACUUCUUUAUUUGCUUCCUAGUGGAGGUACUCGUUGACCGAGGUGCACUCAGUUGCCUCCGUAACCUACGAGGGAAACGGCAGUCCAAAAAGCAAUACAAACGUUUGGAUGUUCUGUUGUCAGAAACUCCUUCCUGGCCGCCCCUGGACCAACCCAUAGUCUCGCGGCAGUGCACAGUCAUUGGCCUUAGCUAGCAUGAGCUUCAUGUACUGCACCUAAUUCUUCCUUUCACCAAAGAGUGCCAGAGAUCUGUUGCUAUGACCAAAUAAAACUGUGAGGCCUG